AUGCCGACGCGUCACGCGGCCCCUCCGCUCCUCCUCCUCCUCCUCCUCCUCGCCGCGGCCCCGCUCGCGCAUGGCCGCGCCGUCUCCGGCGGCGGAGGCGGCGGGAGGCUCAGCCUCCUCCUCCCGGGGGGCGCGGCCGCCGCGCUGCGGCUCCCGUCGGAGGCCGCGCCGGCGGCGGGGGAGGGGGAGGAGGGAGGCGCCGGCGGCGGCUGCGAGAUGACGUACGGGUUCCUGCCGUGCACCGGCACCGCGCUCGGGAACCUCUUCCUCGUCCUGGCCUACGGCUUCCUCAUGUUCAAGGCCGCCACCCACCUCUCCGCCGGCAGCGAGCUGCUCCUCCAGAUCCUCGGCCCCGGCGUCGUCGGGGGCCUCUUCCUGCCCAUCCUCGGCGCGCUGCCCGACGCGCUGCUCAUCCUCGUUUCCGGGCUCUCUGGCACCAAAGAGGUUGCCCAGAGUCAGGUUUUGAUCGGAAUGGGCCUGCUCGCCGGGUCAACUGUCAUGCUUUUGACCCUACUCUGGGGAUCUUGUGUUGUUGUUGGCAAGUGUGAUUUGUUGGAGAAUUCAACCGCAACGGAUGGUCAGGAUACAAAAGGCUUCAGUCUUUUUGGCUCUGGUGUUUCUACUGAUGUGCAGACCAGCUAUGCAGCAAGAAUCAUGGCGAUAUCUGUUUUUCCUUUCAUCAUUGUUCAGAUACCCAAAAUUUUUAAGCUCCAUUCUGGUCAUCGUUUAACAGUCCUGCUUGGACUUAUUGUUGCAGCUCUACUUGUGCUUGCUUACUGCCUAUAUCAGGUCUUUCAGCCAUGGAUCCAGAGGAGAAGGUUAGAGUAUGCAAGACUAAAGCACAUAAUGUCUGGACUUCUAAGACAUGCCCAGAUGCAUGUGUUUGGCCGCCUUCUUGAUGAAGAUGGAACACCAAAUGUUCCUGUGAUUGAGAAGUUGUUCCAUAAGAUUGAUCUGGAUAAUGAUGGAAAACUAGAACGUGGCGAAUUGCAAGCUUUCAUUAUUGGUAUUAAGUUUGAAGAUGUGGACUUGGAUAGUAGCCUAGCUGUAGAUCAAAUCAUGGCUGACUUUGAUAGAUCACAGAACCAUACCAUUGAAAAGGGGGAGUUUGUUGAAGGAAUCUUGAGAUGGCUGGAAGAAGCUAAGCAUUCUGUUGCUGCCUCCGGUGCUUACUCAAAAAAGUUUUUGCAAGAUUUUCAUACGAGAACUAGGGACGAACACAAUCUGCUGCUUGACAAGGAUGAUGAGGAUGGUGAAGCUAUUGAAAAUCCAACCCGGACCUGUUUCAAGGCCAUUUCACUGUUGCUCCUGGGAACUGCAAUGGCAGCAGCAUUUGCAGAUCCACUAGUCGAUGCCGUGCACAAUUUUUCAAAUGCGACCAGUAUUCCUUCGUUCUUCAUUUCCUUCAUUGCAAUGCCUUUGGCAACUAACUCCAGCGAGGCUGUCUCCGCAAUUAUAUUUGCAAGCCGAAAGAAGCAGCGGACUCUGUCACUUACAUUCUCUGAGGUCUACGGUGCGGUGACCAUGAACAACACACUCUGCUUGGCCGUGUUCCUGGCCCUCGUUUACGUGCGGGAUUUGACGUGGGAUUUCUCUUCGGAGGUCCUCGUCAUCUUCCUUGUCUGCACCAUAAUGGGCCUCUUCACCAGCUUCCGGACCAAUUUCCCGCUCUGGACAUGUUUCGUGGCCUAUCUGCUGUAUCCGCUGUCGCUCAUCAUCGUCUACGUCCUUGACUUCAAGUUCGGUUGGUCGUAGACUUGGGGUCUUUUUAAGUGUCAGGUAACCAACACAUAGAUGUAACGUACACUGUAGAACGUAUACGAUGGGCAAGGCAACUCGCAUAUAGGACUGCUGCAAAUUUGGGUCUAAACAGAAUUAUGGACGAGCACUAAUUAGUUGAGAGAAGUUCCAUGUUAUUGCUGCUGAAAGCGUCGAAUAAUUUUGAGAAGAAACAGGUGACGAGGCUUCUGUGAUUUGUCUA